AUGAGCGCUGAGCAUGGACAGGCGCAGCAGCCUGCGGGCCGGAGGGGCCGGAGUUCUGGAGACAAGAAGUCCAAAAAGCGUGGCCGGCGCAAAGAAACCUACUCGAUGUAUAUCUACAAGGUGCUGAAGCAGGUGCACCCCGACAUCGGCAUUUCCUCCAAGGCCAUGAGCAUCAUGAACUCGUUCGUGAACGAUGUGUUUGAGCGGCUGGCCGGCGAGGCCGCCCGGCUGGCCCAGUACUCGGGCCGAACCACACUGACGUCCCGGGAAAUCCAGACAGCCGUGCGCCUGCUGCUUCCAGGGGAGCUGGCCAAGCACGCUGUGUCCGAGGGCACCAAGGCCGUCACCAAGUACACCAGCUCCAAGUGA